AUGGCGGAGACAAACUACAAGUUCGAGGGAUGGAUGGGUCUUGAUCCCAGUUCCGCCGACGGCAACAUGGUCUGGCAGGAGUUCCAGCCCAAAGAGUGGGAGGAAACCGAUAUUGAUAUCAAGGUCUCACACUGCGGUAUCUGUGGCUCGGACCUGCACACCCUCCGCAGCGGCUGGAGACCCACCCUGUACCCCUGCUGCGUCGGCCACGAAAUCGUCGGCACAGUAGUGCGCGUCGGCUCGAAGGCAGUGGGUGAUAUCAAGAUCGGCGACCGGGUCGGCGUCGGCGCGCAGAGCGACUCGUGCGUCAACCGCCAAGGCGACUGCGAAGAGUGCGCCUCAGGACUGGAGCAGUACUGCUCUAAGAAGUUCGUCGGCACGUACAACAGCACACAUUACAACGGCGACAAGUCGUACGGUGGGUAUGCGCUGUACAACCGUGUCCCGUCGCAUUUCGCUAUCAAGAUCCCGGACGCGAUUUCCUCUGCGGAUGCGGCGCCGAUGCUGUGCGGUGGUGUGACACUUUACAGCCCGCUCAAGCAUAAUGGUUGCGGGCCCGGUAAGCGCGUGGGCAUUAUUGGUGUUGGUGGACUGGGACACUUUGGUGUUCUGUUCGCUAAGGCGAUGGGUGCCGACAAGGUGGUUGCUAUCUCGCGCAAGGAGAGCAAGCGCGAGGAUUCGUUGAAGAUGGGCGCUGAUCUGUACAUUGCUACCGAUGAUGAGCCGGACUGGGCGAGCAAACACUCGCGCUCGUUGGAUCUGAUCGUCUGCACCGUCUCGUCUACCAAGAUGCCCAUGACCGACUACCUGGGUCUGCUGCGCACCAACGGUAGCUUGGUGCAGGUCGGUCUGCCGGAGGACGGCACUCUGUAUGCCCCCGUGCGCAACCUGAUGCGCCGCCUCAAGGUCGAGAGCUCUCUGGUUGGUAGCCCGGACGAGAUCCGCGAGAUGUUCCAGCUGGUCGCUGAGACGGGCAUCCGGCCCUGGGUAGAGGAGAUCCCGAUGAAGGAUGCCAACAAGGGCGUUGUGGAUAUGUGGGCAGGCAACGCGCGCUACCGCUAUGUGUUGGUCAAUGAGGAGUAG